GUCUAGUAUAAUGAAUUGCGGUUACUGCAUCUUGUUUCUUUGUGCCUGUUUAGUGGCAGUCGGGUCGGGUCGAUCCGUGCACGUAGAUUCAAAAUCACCAAAUCCUUCUCAGAUACCGGAAAGUUUCUGUCGUGAUGAUUACCUGGUUGUAUCCACCAAAGCCACAGCAGCAAGCUCAAACCCUACGUUACUUAGCAGUGUCAUUCAUUCCUCAAAUAUUCUGCGACUAAGAGAAGGAAAAGUGAGCAGACAAGAGCUCUUCCGGUUUGAAGAAAGCAAUGCGGUUGGCGAACAGUGGAUAAUCCGUACCUGGGACGGUAGCCACUUGUCUGUUAAUGAGGACGGAAAUCUCACAGUCCAAAGUAACUGUGCUAGCACCACGUUUCUUCGCAUUGUCUUGCAAGAGAAUCUACUUUCUUGCUUUGAAGGAAAAUAUUGUAAUAUGUUACUGUGCGCAACAUCUUUGUCUACCGGAAAAAGCUUUAUAGUCUCACCGGAAAGACAAGGAAUAGCUUUGCCCGACGGGCAAUGCGCAACUUACAACACUUUCCGCGAUUCGAAAACUUUGGGGCGGCUAGAGAAGACAACUACUUUUGAUAUAACACAUUUUUCUUUCAUAUUUUCUCUCACUAGUAGCAAUCGUGUCCGAGACAUGAUGAGUAACAGUUUGAGAAGAACGUGUCCUCGUAUGUUCGAUCCAAACCAGGAAGCACGUCGCGAUCUAUGCGAUACGUCAACAGUUAAGUAGUAUGAACUUGACUAAAUUAUUCAAAUAGUUUUAUCUGCUUGGCGAUUCAUUAUUCAUAGUUUUGAAAUUUUUACCUCUAAUUACUAACGCGAGUGUUAAUUUUAAAAUUUCUGUUUAGUUAAAAUACAAUUACCACUGUAUUGUGGGUAUCCUGUUGGCAA